GUUUGCAAUUUGAGUAAUAAAGAAUUUUCGCAACACGAGUAGAACUUUUCACGCCGCUGCGGAAAAUUCUUGUAUUCUUGUAUAGUAGAGUAUUAACAUUUGUGUAUUCUUGCAAAUAUUUCACUAUUCACUGAUAAAGUAAUUAAAUAUUUUGUACAAAUUAUAUAUGAUUCUGUACACAAAAAUUGUGAAUUUGUAAUUUGUAAUUUUCUGUACGUCUUGAGUGUUGUGUGUUGUAUACUCAGUGCUAGCAGCAAGCAAUGUGUUGUUGCUGUCGCUCUCGCUGUCGCGUUUCUUUGCAAAUAUCAAUAAGAACUAAAUUAUAAGAAAAGACCAUAUCCAUAACGCCGAACAUAAUUAUAUUUAAAGGCAAUGUAAUAUAUUGAAAUUGAUUUUGAGAAGUGUGCUGAAGUGGUUUGUUACAAGUUCUACAAGAAUAUUUACAAAGUUAUAAUAGCCAGAACUUCUAAAAACGAAGUAAGUGAAAAGUUAAAUACAAGUCAAAGCGAUUAUCAGGAGCAAAACUGGACAUUUUCGUUCACAUCCACAAAAUCUGUGUACAUAUCUACAUAUAUGAUCGUAUAAUACAGUAUAAAGUUAAAGAGGAUUAGUUUAAAAACCCUCCUGUGGAGUAAAGUCAAAAAAGUGUGUGUUUCAAAUAUUCAAAACAAAUAAAACUUCAAACAAGUAUGUAACUAAUUCAAUCAGUGUUAUCUAGUGUCACCUGUAUGUUCCAGCCAUAGUUCUAUCAAGCAAUAAACAUCAAUGAAAAACACAUGAAUUGGAAGGAGAACUGAACUAAAUGUGUACAUGUCUUGUCGCUAUUUGUUAUUGUCUACGGUCACAUAAAAAAGGGAUCUCAAUUGUGUAUAAAUCGUGAAAAAGUAUUUGUAAAAUAUUUGUGUGUAAAUAUAUAUAUAUAUAUAUAUAUAAUCGGAUCACUUGUAAACAUAUAUUAAGUGUAGUGUUAUUGGCAAUUUUAGCAUCCGCUUCUGUAUAAAGCAAAGUAAAAGUGAAAUUUAAAUAAGUGGUGUAUAAAAGCUUUUCAAGCAUUUGUAAAUUAUAAAUCUCAAUAUCAAAGUAUUUUAACGGUGUGCUGUAAUUUCACAAGGAGAAUUCAAGAAUCAACUUUAAGUAUACGUUGCAAUUUCACGGAUAUAAAAGAGUGUAUCCCUAACGUUUAAUAUAAAUAUUUUCGUUUCAAUUAAAUGUGUGGAGAAAGUGUAAAAAAUAGUGUAUAAGGUCGUUAGCAUCAGUUAUACAAGUAUAACAGCAUUUAAAUUUUUUGAUUCCGUGUAAAAAAAAUCUGUUAAAGAAGCCACUUUGUAAAGAGCAAAUCAAAAAUAAAAUAACCAAAUAUUCUAGUCGUCUAUCGCAAAUCAACACCUUUGCACAUAUUUUGAUAUUGCUUUUGUGUUUGUGUUAAGUAAAAGCCGUCAAAAUAGAGCUGUUACCAACGCCCACGAUUUCUAUAUCCACGGUUGCACCGCCAACGCUAUCGCCCCAUCAUCAUCCGCACCAUCAGCAUCAUCUACUGCAACAAUCCUUUCAACAGCAACAACAACCACCGCAGCAACAACAACAUCAUCAUCCUAAUCUGCAUACACCAUUCGGUGGUGGCUUUCAUCAUCCUUUCCCGCCACUAUUGCCGCAUCACCAGCAGCAACAACAGCAAACGCAAUCGCAACCUAAUUUUCUGCUAACACCGCCACUGCCGGCAACGCCGCAAUCACAACUGCAACAACAACAACAGCAAUCUCAUCACCAGCAACAACAUAUGAAGUUAUUGGGUGGCAACGAUGAUCGUAAUGGGCGCGGCGAUCAAAGUAUACCGCGCGUGCAGGAAGAGGCAGCUGGCGGCUUUAUAUUUCAACCGCCCGGAACAUCGAUGCAUGACAUGGCUGCUGCUGAAUAUGCUGUACAAUUUGCGCAGAAACGCUGGGCUUGCGGUGAUGAACAUCCCAUUGACAACCCCGAUAAAUGGAAGUAUAAUCCACCGCCGCAAAUGAAUCCGGGCAAUGUGACACCUGGUGCACUGCCAGGCGGCGGACCGGGCACCAUUGGUCCCAUCGGCAUGGGCGCCAACAUCGGUGGUAUCGGUACGAAUGGUGGUAUGCAUCCAUCGAUGGGUGGACCAUCUCAGAUGGGCGUUGGUCAGAUGGGCGUGGGUGGUGGCAGUGCAGCUGCAGCCGCCGCUGGUAUGGCGGCAAUGCACACUGCUGCUGUGGCCAAGCACAAUCAUAUGAUGUCACAGGUUGUUGCCGCACAACAGCAACAUCAACACCAGCAGCAACAGCAACAACAGCAGCAGCAGCACCAGCAACAACAACAACCGCCACACCCAGCACAUCAACAAAAUGCGCAGCAACAGCAUCAGCAACAUGGUGGUAACGGUGGCCAACAUAUGCCCCUCUCCCACUCACAACAACAACAACAGCAGCAACAACAUCAACAACAGCAACAGCAGCAUCCGCAUCAACAGCAACAUGGGCCGCCACAUCCCUCUCAAAUGGCAUCCCAUCAACAAUUCGGUUCAAAUUUACUCAAUCAUGCCAUGAAUAAUCCUGCAGCUGCUGCAGCAGCAGCCGCUAUUGCAGCAAGCAUGCAGCCACCGCACAUGCAAAUGGCAGCCGGCAUGCAAGCAGGGAACUGCAAUAUGUACGAUCCAGGAGUACACCCAGGUGUGGGCAUGAAUGGUGUGCCAAAGCCACCGGGACCACCCGGUCCACCGGGCGGACCUGGCGAGUUAGUGUACUUCGGUGGUCAGCCACCAAAUGCUGCUGCGGCCGCUGCUGCCGCCGCCAUGGGCAUGUUACCUCAAAAUCCUUUUAUGAAUAAUGCUGCCGCGGCUGCUGCUGCCGCAAAUCGUAAUGCAGCAGCGAUCACCACAUCCACUGCCAAAAAAUUAUGGGAAAAAUCCGAUGGCAGAGGCAACACUUCAGGUGGCGUAACUGGUGGUCCACUAAAUCCACUACACAUCCCUGGUGUUGGCGAUCAUCCAGUUUGGAAAGACUCAACAUGGUCCACACAGGGCGAAAAUAUAUUGGCACCACCGCGGCCACGCACUUUUCCGCAAGCACCAGAAACGAAUGCGAACAGCAAUGCAGGCAUUUUGAGUCCACGUGACUCCACAAGCGGUUUGGGUGUUAAAAUGGUCGAAUAUGUGCUGGGCGGUUCACCGACAAAUAAGGAAAGUCCACUAUCCAGCCUCGAACCACGUUUGCGAAGUCUGAAAUUUGAUGAUAAUGAUAAGUCUCACGAUGACAAAGAAAAGGCCAAUUCUCCGUUUGACACAAACGGCCUAAAGAAAGACGACCAAGUAACAAAUACUAAUGGCGUAGCCAAUGGCAUCGAUGAUGACAAAGGAUUUAAUCGCACGCCUGGCUCCCGUCAGCCCUCGCCAGCUGAAGAAACGCUGCCACGCCCACCCACACUACUCGAUCCCACACAACAUGGUGGCUUCCCCACACAUCCAUUCAAUCACAUGCUCAAUUCGAUGGAUCAUCAAGGUGGACCGGGUACACAAAUGAACUCAUAUCCGCCACAUCAAAUGCAAAUGGGUCAAUUACAACCGCCUGUAAUGAACGGCGUCGGUGGCAUGCAAAUGGCACAGAGCCCCAUGAUGAACCAUCAGGCACAAGGACCAAAUCAAAUGGAAUCUUCUGGAAAUCUAUUGCAGCAACAACCACCAAAUUUUGAUGUACAGGUAGGUGACAAUGUAAGUUCAACCAGCUCUGCCCUUGGUCUGGAUUAUGGAAAUGCUGCUGUAAGUGAUGACGUGCUAACGCUAGCUUUGAAUCAGAAUCAACAACUUUUCCGUUCACAGAAUCCUGGACUCGCUGCCACAAAUGCUGCGGCCGCCGCUGCUGCUGCGGCAGCUGCCACAUCGGCUGCGCCACCCGGUGCACCCAAUGGCACAAUGCAGCCACAGCAGAUGGCACAAAUGGCCGCUUCACAGCAGUUUUUGGCCGCACAACAGAAUGCCGCCUAUGCUGCGCAACAGGCAGCGCCCUACGUCAUCAAUCCCGGACAAGAUGCUGCACCCUAUAUGGGCUUGAUAACGGCACAAAUGCCACAGUAUUACGGUGUACAGUGGGGCAUGUACCCGAGCAAUCUGAUACCACAGCAGGGCACACAGCCACGACGGCCGUUGACGCCAUCGCAACAGGGCGCUGAGAAUCAGUCCUAUCAGGUCAUACCGGCAUUUUUCGAUCAGAGUGGUUCGCUGGUGAUGGGACCACGUACAGGCACACCAAUGCGUCUGGUUAGCCCGGCACCGGUGUUGGUGCCACCGGGAGCGACACGCGCCGGCCCACCACCACCACAGGGUCCACCGCAACUAUAUCCGCCACAACCGCAGACGGCACAACAGAAUUUGUAUUCACAACAAAAUGGUUCAAGUGUUGGAGGACUCGCCUUGAACACCAACUCAUUGACUGGUCGCCGCGAUUCAUUUGAUCGCAAUACAUCCGCCUUCAGUCCCUCGGCAGUUGAUUACAACAAUAGCAGCAGCAGCACACUACAGGCCGCUGCAGCUGCUGCCGCCGCCGCUGCUGCUGCUGCUGCUGCUGCUCGCGGUAAAUGGCCUGGCGCUGUCACCAACAGUUAUGGUGCCUUGGGUGCCACAGCUUCGGCUAGUCCGAUUGGCACAGCCAUUACACCGCCACCGCCGCAAUCAUGUCUUGUUACAAAUCGUGCACCUGGCGCUGAAACCAAGUAUCGCCAGCAAAUGGCAGUUGGUGCUGUUGGUCUACCGCCAGCCGCUGCUGCAGCACAAGCCGCCGCUGCUGCCGCCGGUAAUAUGUUCGGUUCAAGUAAUUCACUCUUCUCGAAAUUGGCUAUCCCCGGUGGUGCUGCUGCAGCUGCUGCUGCUGCCGCCGCCGCUGCUUCCACACGUCAUGCAGCAGCCGCUGCCGUUGGCCUAAAUGCAACUGCAGCAGCUGCUGCUGCAGCCGCCGCCGCUGCCGCUGCGGCUGGUGCUCCGCAACCCGGACGUUCACGUCUACUUGAGGACUUCCGUAAUCAACGCUAUCCGAAUUUGCAGUUGCGCGAUUUGGCCAAUCACAUUGUCGAGUUCUCACAGGAUCAGCAUGGCUCACGCUUUAUACAGCAGAAACUGGAACGCGCCACUGCUGCUGAGAAACAGCUGGUGUUCAGCGAGAUUUUGGGUUCGGCCUUUAGCUUGAUGACCGAUGUUUUUGGUAACUAUGUCAUACAGAAGUUCUUCGAAUUCGGCACACCUGAGCAGAAGAAUACCUUGGGCAUGCAGGUGAAGGGUCAUGUUUUGCAACUGGCUUUGCAAAUGUAUGGUUGUCGUGUCAUACAGAAAGCGCUGGAGAGCAUCUCACCAGAGCAGCAACAAGAGAUUGUACGCGAAUUGGAUGGCAAUAUAUUGAAGUGUGUCAAGGACCAAAAUGGCAAUCAUGUGGUUCAAAAGUGUAUCGAAUGCGUUGAUCCGUCGGCGCUACAGUUCGUAAUAAACGCCUUCAAGGGACAGGUAUAUACGCUAAGCACACACCCAUAUGGCUGUCGGGUCAUACAACGCAUUUUGGAACAUUGCACCGCCGAGCAGACGCAACCUAUACUCGAUGAAUUGCAUGAACACACUGAGCACCUCAUACAGGAUCAAUAUGGCAACUAUGUUAUACAACAUGUAUUGGAACACGGCAAGCCCGAAGACAAGUCAAUACUGAUUGCCAGCGUGCGUGGCAAGGUUUUGGUAUUGUCACAGCAUAAAUUCGCCUCGAAUGUGGUGGAGAAGUGUGUCACACAUGCCACACGCGGUGAGCGCACUGGACUCAUCGAUGAGGUCUGCACAUUCAAUGACAAUGCUUUGCACGUCAUGAUGAAGGAUCAAUAUGCCAACUAUGUGGUACAGAAAAUGAUCGACGUCUCGGAGCCGACACAACUGAAGAAACUCAUGAAUAAGAUACGCCCACAUAUGGCUGCAUUGCGCAAGUACACUUAUGGCAAGCACAUCAAUGCCAAGCUGGAGAAGUAUUUCAUGAAGACAGCCAAUCCAAUAACAACAACAGCAGCAAGCUCGACAAUCGUCUCCACCAGCAUUGCCACCUUAACAACAUCGGCUUGCAGCACCGCGUCUGGCCUAACUAUUACCACGCCUACAUGCAGUGUGACCAGCGGUCUCACAGUCGGCACACCAAUAAUGAUACAAGAGAAUGGCAUUAAUGUCACAUCGGUGGGUCAGACAUCGCCAGCAGCAUCGUCAUGCACCGUUUCGACUAACAGCAGCAGUGCUACCUCUGUGGUGACCGCCGUCAAUAGUGGUCUGGGACCCAUUGGCCCACCCACCGCUAAUGGUGUAGCGUUGUAAAGAGCGUGAUGGUGUAAAUAAAGCAAUUAAAUGUAUGCUUUUGCAAGAAACAAAUAUGAUAGAGAGUCAUACUGAAGUGAAGGGACACAAUUUUAUUAGUUUAUAGUAGUAAGUAGCAGCAUUAUAUAGUAUAAAGCAGAAAUUUAUUAUAAUUUCAAUGUGUAACUUAGGUUUAAGAUGCUGUAUUUUUCUCGAUUUUAUUUAGAUUGUAGAUUUUCCAAAAAAGCACAUAAUUUAAGUGUAAAAAUAUUGAAAAGAAAUGAGAUAGUAUUCCGUGUUAAAAACCAACACGGGGAAAAAAGAAAUUUGCAAAAGAGCCAGGAAGAUUAAUUACAAGAAUCUCAGUUGCAUAGAGAAACACGAUUGUUUAGACAUCUCGAAUUUUUAUGUCCUAAGCGAUGCGAAAAGAAAACAAAAUAAACAUAUAAACAAACGGCACUCGAUUUAAGGUGCGGGCACACCGCUAUCCAAAGGCAGUAAGCAAAAUCCUUACGGAGUUGGUAAUAAAAUCGCUUUGAAGUAAUUAAAACUCGAGUGAAAAAGCAAAGAAAAAUUGUUUUGCAAAUGAUUAAUGGACAUUCAAUAAUGUUUUAAGAAAAACUGAGAAAGUAGAAGUUUUGUAAAAAAACAUUUAAUGAAUAUAAAGAAAAUUGUCGCUUGAAUAGCGCAUUCGUUUAAGGCUUACGCGCCCACAUCCUUUCUUAUAUGCCAGAUCCAUUCAAAUGGAUAUCGCUAUGAGAUAAACAAAGAAUGUAAUCACAUAAGAGAACACACACAUAAUUGAAUCAAAACAAAGAAGGCAUAACAAAUAUAUACAAGAAAUCACUAUAUAAGGAAGCUGAGAAUUUUGUAGAAGACACACACAAAAAAUAACAUGCAAAACAGUUUAGUUUAAAAAGAAAAGUGUCUACUAUGUAUUUGUAAAAGUAAUUUCUAGCAGCGUUUCGUCCCAUUGCAUACAGUGUGUAUGUCACAAGUGCAAUGCAAUGCAUGCACUGCUCGCUGGCAUAAAAGAGCCAACGUAGUAGAGUUAGUGACAGCGCAUGUAUGAGUGAAAAACGUUGCUUUAAUUUAUUACUAGUGUUUCAGCUAAAAUUUAAAAAAAGUAGAUUUUUUAGAAGCUGUUCAUUUGCAACUGCAAGCAAAUGCAAGCACAUAAACACAAACACCCAACACAUAACACAUAAGAAAUGCAACAAAAGUAACACAUGCAACGCUAGCAUUUUGUGCAAGAACAAAUAAUUUCCCAGCAGCGCUUGAAACAAAGGACUUUUAUAUAUAUAAAUAAUAAAUUAAUUAAAAUAACCAAACUAAACUCAUUAAGGACUUGUUGCGCACAAUUUGGGGUACUUCGUUGAAGUAGCGAGAGUUUAAAUGUUCGAAGGCAUAUUGUGCGCGUUAUUUCUCCUGAGCAGUUCGAAUGUAUUGUAUAAAAAUGCAUGUAAAAAUGUUCAUAAAAAUUCAUGUAAAAAUUUCAUAACAAAAAAUAGUAGUGUAAAGAAUAUUUCAUACAAAAAUUUUUAUGGAAACAAAAUUAAGAUGAAUUUACAACAAGUGGUCAAUAUCAUUGAUUUCGUAACUUUUUAAAGAUCUUAUUGAUGUUAAAUGUUACUUCAAUGUUAAAAAAAAGUAGUUAACGGCUAGUAUAUAUUAUAUUGAAUUCGUCUUAAUUCUCUAUAUAUACAUAUGUAAAUGAGAAAUUCAUUUAUAGCGUUUACUAAAGAAAACCGCUCAUGUUGAUUUUUCAAUAGCAGUUGAAGUAAAAAAACCGUAUUCUCAAUUUUUUACGAUUAAUUUUCACAACAGACUUCAAAAAAUCAAUGGCAGCACUUUUAUGGCAGGAAACAUAAAAGUCUACAAAACAAAUCAUUGCAUGUAAAUAACAUCUUCGUUAAAAGAGACAAAAGUACAUAAUUUCUCUAAAUACGUUGAAAGUUCGUUUCCAUAUUAAAAUUAAAUUGAAUUGAAAUUAUUUGUAAAAUAUGUAAUAUUUUGUAAAAAAAAAAUGUAAUAUUGUGUAAAAAUUUUAAUAAUUUGUAUAAAAAGUAUAAAUAAUUUGUAAAUGCGCCCUUUAGUAUUAACAGACACGAAAACUAAAACUUGUACAAACUAUAUUUACGCUUUGGCUCGUGUGUGUUACGAGUUUCGACAUUCAAAGUUCACAGAGAAAAUCGUCAUCGUCAUACACACAAUAUGCGUAUACGUUCGUCCGCUGCAACGUUCGGAACCAUUUUGUGCGCAAAAUCGUAAUCAUUUUGCCGCAGUUGAGCGUAAAUGAUUACAAACAUAUUUAGUAAUUUGUAUUCGUUCGUUAAUAUACAUAAAUACAUACAUAUAAAGUACAUAAUACGUAAGUAAGCACUGUAAAUGUAAGAGUAACAUUAUUAGUUUUUAGUGUGAAGCAACAGCUAAUACGAGACGCAAACAAGAAUUUUUUUUUUUAGCCAAAAGGAAGAAACCAAGCAUAGUUUACCCCACAUAUAGAGGGUCUAUAUGCAUGUAUUAUAAUAAUAAUAAAAAUAUGUUUCUGCUGAUAGUAUUGCAAAGAAGAAAUUGUAAACUUUUGCAGUAAUUGUAAGCGAAAAAAGAGAAUGUUGCUAAAGAAGCGAAAGACAGUUGAAAUUUUUUCGAAUUGAAAACCAAUUUAUAAUUAAAUUUUUGUUCUGUAAUAUUUGUAAAAAAAAUAAAGAGUGUUUGCGUUAUUUUCAUUGUAAACAACCAUAUAAAUAACUCAAGAAGCUCUUUUUUCGACACAUCUCCUCAAAAGUGACUCGUAAAAAUUAUGUGUUGAUUUUUAAAUUAUAAAACUAAUGAAAUUUAUGUAUUGAAAACCAACCUAUAAGUAAAUAUGUAUUAUACAAAAAUGUGAAUGUAAAAGCAAAAUAUUCAAUUAAAAACACAUGCAACGUGGAAUAUAUAUAAAAUGUAUAGUUGAGAAGUAACAAACAAAAACAAUAUAAAAGCUAAAAUAUUGAUUUAAAGUGAAACACAAAACUGUAACUGUAUUGUAUUGUAAACAGUGUAAGUCAAAUUUAUCAUACGAAGAAUUGCAGAAUCACAGCAGCGGUAGACAGUGCUCGUGGUUGGCGACUAAUUCGUUUAUACAUUUGUAUGUGCGUACUCAAUGGAACAUCUGUAUGUAAAUGUACAAUAAAAUGUUCAAUGUAAAAAUUUGUAAAAAAAAGAACAACAAAAUUGCAAAAAAUUCAAAAUAUACAAACAUCAAUGCAUAAAACAAGCGAAUGUUUGAGCAAAUUAAUAUUUAAGGCUGAAGACAGUUGAAAAACAAACAACAUGUGUUGUAUGGAAAAUAUAUUUAGAGUCAUCAAACUUGCAGAGGGACGAAAAAAUGUUUUUAGUGGUUAAAAGAAUCCGCUUUUGACGCUUACUCACCAGGCAAUAUUUGUAUUUUGUGCUUACUUGGCUCACAUACAUAAAACGGAAAUUUUGUAGUAGUGAAUUUUUUUUUGUAUUUGUUCAAAAAAGACACACCUUAGAGUAGUUAUAUAUAUUCAAUGAGCAAAAAUUAAAAUUUUAUUUUCUUAAAAUCAUUUAUAUUGCACAAUAACCGAAUUUCCAGACGAUAGUACUGACAUAAUUUGUCCGAUGAGUCGAAGUUGCAAAUGAUUUGCGUAAAUUCCUACAGAGAUGCACUUUGAAAAGUAGGCGAAUAAUUGCCUCACACAGCAUAGAUGUUAUAUCUGAAUUUAUUCGGUAAAUGAGGUAACCGAAUACAAAUAUUUUGCCAAGAAAUGAGUAUUACCAGUUAUAAAAGCGAACGAAAUGGAAGUAGAGCAGCGUAAAAGUUAAAAUCAGAAUAAAAUGAAGAUGAAAAUAACUUGCAGCAACAACAUGUCUGAUUAGAUUUCAUAUUGUAGUAAGCAACUACUAAACACACAUUUAUAAAUUAGUAAGAUAAAAAAAUGAUGAAAACUUAAAAUAUGAAAUACUUAAACUAAAUGCAAAGAAAAUUAAUGCAUUAACAUUUUACCACACACAUACAUAUGUGACUCUCUUAUAAAUAUGCAUACAAACAUACUUUUCACUUUAUAAACCUAUAAAUAAUAUACUUACUACUAAACAUAUAGUUAUUAUUACGAGUAUAUAAUAGUGUGUAUUUAUUUAUAUAAAGGAUUGCAAAUAAAAUCGUAUACAUAUGUAGUAUUUGUAAAAGAAUUUAAAUAUUUAACUGUAGUGCAUACAUAUGUUUAUACAAUUCGUAUAUAUAAAUACAAAAUAUGAAAUAAAAAUAAUAAAGUAUUUACUUACAUACAUAUGUAGCCUGUAAAAAAUAUGUAAAGCAGAAAACACACUUGCUGAAUAUGUACAGUAAGAAGUAAAGUUGUAGAAAACGUAAUCUCUUUGAAAAUUAAACAAAAACAAAAACAAAAAAAGAACAGCAAAUAAAUGCUGAGCACAUUUAAGUAGACCAACAAGCAAGCGAGCAAGCAAAACGCUGUAUUUUAACGGAAGUCUUUAAUUAUAUACACACAAAGUAUAUAAAAUGGUUACACAUUUAGGCAAGUAGCUACAACUGGCAGAUAGCAAGCUUUUUAGAGACGAAAGGUGCAUAAGGUGCAGAAAUUAUAUAAAAAAGUUUGCUUUGUGUAGAUAACAGCAAAAUAUAGAAAAUAAACAUAUUUUUCAAUAAAAAAAAAAUAAUAAAUUCAAAUGCCUAAGCGGCAAUUCAGUUAAAUUCAAUAUUUUUAAUCAUAAUUAUUUUUAAUUUUAAUUUUAUUUGUUUUUUUUUUUUUUAAUUACCAAUAGCGUAAUCCAUUGCGAAAAUCAUUUAACAAUUAUCACGCAUGACACCUGCAUUAUGUAAUUUCUGCGCUAAUUUACUGUUAUAAGUGAAAUGCGAAAGCGCCGUUCCGAAAUUAAUAAGUUACAAAAAAUCAUUGCAAACAGUGGCACAUGAAAUAAAUACAGAUUUUAAGUUUACAAUAUUUUAUAUAUAUAUCCAAAAUGAAUACUGAAUCUAGCAAAGAUGUUGCUUUAGCGAAUCAUAUGAUUCUAUAAAGGCACGUAUUCACUGUGUGAUUCAUAUUUUUAAAGUUAAACACAAACAUGUAUUUAAUUUUCUUUAAUAUAAGUAUAUAUUUUCUAAUUUUUUUUAAUGAUAUUUUUAUACACUUAAUUAUUGCAAAUAUCUGUAUUAGUGUGUGUGUUUAAUUGCGCUGUGGUGAUUUUUCACAUUUCACAUUAACCAACAGACCGCAGACUCUUCACAACUUUUGGUUCAACUACUCAAUAGGAUAUCUCUAAAAUGUGUAUGUACAUUUUUAUGUAAUAAUUCUUUAAUGUUUCUAGUAGUUUUAAUGCAAUUUUUUAGAUAUUUAAAUAACAAUGAAGUUAAAAAUUAUUUGUAAAUGUACUAUUUUGUAACAAAGGACAACAACAAGUACCCACAAUGUACUAAACUGUAAUGUAUUGUAUGUAAUGUAAUGUAUAUCUACCAAUCCUAAUUCACUUACUAACUGUAUCUGUAACAUAUUUUUGUAAUUAAAAUGAAAUUGUAAUUUGUGUCUCAUAUUGAUUUGCAUCGAAAUGAUCAAAGCCAAAAUAAAUGGAAAAAUAAAAAAAAUACAAAAACGAAAAAUUGUGUAAACAAGUAAAUUUGUAAAAAUUUGUAUUUUAAGCUGUACUGAAGCUGUAGCGAAGGCAGCGAAAAUUGUGUUAUUUGUAAAAAGCAAAAUGUAAAAAAAAAAACAACAACUCCCACAAUCCACACUACCACCACUCUCCCACUAUCCACACUCAUGGAAUUCAUUCAGCUAAUGAGCUUGUUUAUAACUACACAUUAUGUUAGACGCCUAUAUAGUACAUAUAUAUAUACAAACACUGUAUACUGCAGAACUGCACGCAUACAAAUGCGAUUUUUUCAUCAAUAAAUAUAAAUUAAAACGAAAUGCAGCGGUUUUAAAUGCGUGUAAAACAGCAUAUACAUAUAUGUAUUUAGCUAUGUAUCAAUAUGUACAUACACAUGCGCAUACAAUAUAUUAAGAGCAACAAAAGGUCAAUUCAUUAUGAUUAUCAUUGCUGUUUAAUUCAAUUUUUUUAUUUACAUACAUACAUAUACUUAUAUAUAUUUAUAAACACGACAACACCUACAAAAAAAUAUUCAAUCGUAUAAAGCAAAAUAUCAUUUAGAUAUUUGCAUGUAAACUAUGUCAUUACUUUGUAGUACUACUUCUAAUGUAACUUUAUUUAGCUAAGGAUACAAGCAACAAGCAAACAUUUGACUUUUAUGUGAACCAACCAAUCAAUGCAACCACCAUGCCUCUUUUGUAGGUAUUUCUAAUUUUACGCAUUUCAUGUUUCUAAAUAUUUUAAUGAUUAUUAAAUUAAUAUUAUUAUUACUAUUAAAAUUACUAUUAUGUUUAUGUGUAUAAGUUAGUUGUGUGGCAUAUACGCACGUCUACCUACCAAAUCUACAACCUAAUUACCUAUCUACAAAUGUCAUACAUACAUACAUGAAACUUGUUCAUUCUUACACAUGCAUACAUAUUAAUUAUAAUUUUUUUCAACAUACAUACAUACAAACAAAGAAAUUGUAAUUGUAAUUUUAUGUAAAACACAAAUAUAUUUAAAAGAAAUUUGAGAAAAAGAAAAAAAAAACUUGCAAAUUUUUAUUGUUUCCCAUUGGAUCGUAUUUUUCGUAUUGGUGAUUUAGCUUUUAUGAUUUUUUCAGCUUUUACUAUAACUAUAGGAAUCGUUGUUAUGUACGAUGUAACCCAAAUCUAACGUCUGCUUUAUUAUAGAUUGGCGUUACUCUCUCGUGUGGUGCGCAAAGUUCUUCUAGACGCUGUUCGCGGAAUUGUGUUUAGGCAGUACUAGUGAUCGAUGUUGAAACAUUUACAGGGCCACAUAAGAUCUGAGUGGUGCUUCGUACUAAUCGAUCUUAUUUCCUGAAUUCUCUUAAGAAUUGGAAUCGAAACAAUUUUCAGCAGUCGUGCUUUUCAAUGUUGUCGGUUAGUUUACCAGAAUUGAACAUUCUUAUGCUUUAAUUAUUAACGCUAUGACUAACUUGGGUUCAUUUUUUAGGCAACAUGUAUUUAAGAAGAUUAAUUAAGUGAAAUAAAUAAUCGAUAAACUGCUUUACCACAAAGUGAGAACGUAAAACCGUUUUAUAGACCUUUAUCGGCAAAUCGACAAAUUUGAUAAAAUUCCCUGUGCUUUUUGCUUCACAUGGAAAAAAUAUUUAAAACUGACCUCCUCAUCGAGUGAACUUAAAUUUACUGAAAUGAAGGGUCCACCCCAUAUUUGAGAUAUGCGUUGUACGUUUUUGUUAUUUUUUUUUUUUUUGUUACAAACUUAAAAUCAGUUGAAGUAUAAAUAACCCAUAAUAUAUACGCGUGAUGCCUGUACGUUUCAUAGAACACAGUUAAAUAUUUGAAUUACGAGGUGAGAAGUUAGAAAGGCGCAGCGUUGAAUACUACGUAACAUAAUAAGAUCAGAUUCACGUGGCGGAUUUUGACAUAAACAAUUUGAAAUUAAAAAUACACAUUUUAUAAAAAAUAGCGUUUUCGUAGCUCAUAACAUGAAAACAUAACCUCAAAAGAAGCGAAUUGAAUUAAGGAUCUCAAAAUUGCUUAGAAAUUUUUAUAUAUUUUUUAUGUUCAUUUAUCAUGCAAUUUUAUUUAAUCGCUUUCAAAUAAUACGAAUAAUGAAUUCGAGUUUUGCAUUUCAGUAAAAUAAUUGAAUUAAUUUAGAUAAAUUUCAUAAUCGUAAGAAAUCAACUUAAAUACAAAUGGAAAAUCAAAAUUAAACUAUUAAAGACAUUAUAAAAGAGUAAAAAAAGUAGAAGAAAAUAGAGUUGUCUGAGCACAUACAGGACUUAUGUAUUGUAUAUUCAAUGAUUUAUUUUAUAUAAAAUGUAAUAUAAAUUGUAAGAAGUAGCUAAAAUGCGAGUUGUAUGAUAUAUAUAUAACUGAGUUUCAACACAAUACCAGUUACAAUUGUAGUAUAUCUACACAUACAUACAAUAUAGAACGUAUGUGAAUCAUGUAUAUGUAUGUACAUAGGCGUGCACAAUAAUGUACAUACAGAGUACAUAAAUAUUUUGUAUGCAAACGCGACUAAAUCGCGAACUUUUUGUAAAUUGUAUUAUACAAACUGAAUACAUAUACAUAACAUACAUACAUACAUGUGAGUACAUACAAUGACGAAAUGAUAGAUAACAAUGAUAAUAAAUAACGGUCUAGCUGAAAAUGAAAACAUAAUAAUCAGUAAGUAAAUUUACAUAAUAAUAUCACAUAAAGGACAUUUCGAUUUUUUCUACAAAGUCAAAGUUAGUGAAGAGCUAUUUUUUAUAAAACACCAGCAACCAGGUGGUAACGGUACUUUGUACUCGUAGAUUUUAUGGAAUGUGCAACAUUUUUCAAAACGACAUGUAGUUGGGGAAGUGGCGCAGGUUUUAAAACAAAUCAGUACUUAUUAAAUAUAAAAGUAAAAUUUACAGUAAUCGAGUAACUGCCCAACAGUUGAAGACGCAUACAUGCAUACAUACAUAAAUAAGUGAAACUUAAAUAAAAUAAAGAAACAAAAAAAAAAAAACAAAUAAUAAAUCAAAUAAACUGAAUGAAAUAAAUCACAAUAAAAAUGGCAAACAGGUUUUAGUGUAAAAAUUGUCAAAUUCAGUGCUUCCUGACGGGAAGGCAAAAGGUCAUAGGAGCAAAGAGAGUGCGUGCUGCAUAUAUGGUACAUGCAUAUGGUAUAUGCAUGCAUUACGUGGUAGAGAAGUGAAGCAUUUUAAAGCAGUUUUUUAAAACAUUGACAAGUAAGGCAGAAAAAUAAGUAAGAUUUGUCAUAAGUAACUACAACGUAAAAGCAACGUACACACAUAUAUACAUACAUAUUAGCAUAAAGGCAUUAUAUAUACUGAAAUAAAUAACCACAUGGAUACAAUACACAAGAAAUAAAAAUAUAUCCCCAACUGACAGCAGACGGUGAACUCAAAAAAAAAAGAGACGAAAAGGACCUUUCACAGCAGCUAGCGAGGCUCGUGGCACAUUAAUUCAAUUUGAUUUUACUGCUAAAUGUUUGCCAGCUUUUUUUCUUAAUCCUUGAUCUUUAAAGCGUUUAAAACAAUAGGGCAUUUAUUUUUUUUUUCAUUAACAUUUAAAAAUACAGUGGAACUUCCUUAAUUCGAACUUCUAUAAGUCCAAGAUCGCCAUAACUCGAACUUUUGAAUUGGCGAUAGCGUUUAGAAAUCAAAUUUCCUUCCAUAACUUGAACUUCUAUAACUCGAAGUACUCCAUAACUCGAACUCUUAAAUUGGCAAUAGAAGUGAAAUUUCAUACAAAUUUCCUUACAUAAAUUGAACUUUUCGACCAGGGCAUAAUACAAAAUUUAAAAUUUUACUAUCGAGACAGAAUUUUAAGUGGCACACCUAGUGUAAUGGCCUAAAAAAAGGUGAUUUUUGGGAAUUUUUAUUCAAAAAAAUACUUUAUCAAUUAUUUCAAAAUUUUAAGAACAAAAAAAAAGGUCCUUCACUACUGCAGUGAUUCCGGCCUUCUCUGUGGAUGAAAUAUAAAAAAAAAAAAAAUUUCGUUAAACUGAAUAAUAUUGUCUGUACAAUAACCUACGAUCAAAAAAAAUCAAAAAUUGACAAUAUGGCAGCAUUUAAAAAAAAAUAGUAGAAUUUUACACAAAAUUUAAUUUUAGUGAUCGGAUCAUUUGUUUUUGAGUAAUCACUGCAGCAAAUUCGGAAAAUGCUGUUUCGCGAAAAACGCGGCUGCUCUUUAAAUUGCUAUAACUCAAAAACUAUUUGAGAUAUCGAUUUGAGUUUGAAUUUUAAUAUGUUAUUUUUAAAGGUGUAAUCUUCCGAAAUAUGAAAAGAAAAUCGAUUUUUUUGAAAUUUCACACUAGGUGUGCCCCUUAAAAGAGUCCCUCUAUAUCGUAUGGAGGCGAACUAAAAA